GCAGCAUUAAAUACCCAUUUCAGUCUUCUAAUCCAACGGAUUCGCAAUUCGCAAUUCGCUUUUAAAGCAUUUCACGAAUUCACGGCCAUGGACAGAAGCACCAGCGUCACCAGAAGAAACCAACACCCCAACGAAAACGAUGGCAUUUCGUCAGAUCAAGGCCACCUUCACAGUACCAAUAAUGUAGAAGAAGAAGAGUUUGAAUCUAUUGAAAAGAUAUUCGAAUCCCAGGAGGUUCCGCCAUGGAAGAGCCAGUUAACAUUCAGAGCCUUCUUUGUGAGCUUUAUUCUGGGUGUGCUCUUCACCUUCAUAGUCAUGAAACUGAAUCUCACCACCGGUAUUAUACCUUCGUUGAACGUAUCUGCUGGCCUUUUGGGCUUCUUCUUCGUCAAGACUUGGACCAAGUUUCUUGAUAAAUCUGGGCUUCUGAAACAACCCUUCACCAGGCAAGAGAACACCGUUAUCCAGACCUGUGUGGUGGCUACCUCCGGCAUAGCCUUCAGCGGUGCGGACUCAGGAGGUUUUGGUAGUUAUCUUUUUGGCAUGAGUGAAGUUGUUGCCAAACAAUCAACUGAAGCUAAUGAUGCACAGAAUGUGAAGAACCCGGCUUUAGGGUGGAUGAUCGGAUUUCUGUUUGUUGUUAGCUUUCUUGGACUCUUUUCUGUGGUGCCUCUUCGGAAGAUAAUGGUGAUAGACUUCAAGCUGAUUUAUCCAAGUGGAACUGCAACAGCUCACCUCAUCAACAGCUUCCACACUCCUCAAGGAGCCAAGCUAGCAAGGAAACAAGUGAGAACUCUGGGAAAAUUCUUUUCAUUCAGCUUUUUGUGGGGUUUCUUCCAGUGGUUCUUCACAGCAGGGGAUGGUUGUGGAUUUGUAAACUUUCCAACAUUUGGUCUUAAAGCCUAUGAAAAUAGGUUUUACUUUGAUUUCUCAGCAACUUAUGUUGGCGUUGGUAUGAUCUGUCCAUAUCUAAUCAACAUAUCUUUGCUAGUUGGAGCAAUCCUCUCGUGGGGUAUUAUGUGGCCCCUCAUAGAGGACAGAAAGGGCCAUUGGUACCCUGCAGACCUCAACGCAGGCAGCCUUCAUGGCAUCCAAGGUUACAGGGUCUUCAUAGCCAUAGCCAUGAUCCUUGGUGAUGGCCUGUACAACUUCGUCAAAGUUCUUGGUUACACUAUGUAUGGGUUGUAUCACCAAAUUAGUGAUAAAAAUUCGGGCAGUGUCAUACCAGUUGCUAAUCACAGCUCCCCUGUGAGUUCUUCUUUAUCAUAUGAUGACGAGCGUAGGACUGAACUUUUUCUCAGGGACCAAAUUCCAACAUGGUUUGCAGUUGCUGGUUAUGUGACUAUUGCUAUUGUCUCUGCUGCAACACUUCCACACAUCUUCCACCAACUGAAAUGGUACUAUGUUGUGGUUAUAUACAUAUUCGCCCCGGUUCUAGCCUUCUGCAAUGCUUAUGGGUGCGGGCUUACAGACUGGUCCUUGGCAUCCACAUACGGGAAGCUGGCGAUCUUCACAAUCGGGGCAUGGGCAGGAGCCUCUCAUGGUGGAGUUCUUGCAGGUUUAGCAGCUUGUGGGGUCAUGAUGAACAUUGUCUCCACUGCAUCUGACCUAAUGCAGGACUUCAAGACGGGCUAUAUGACUCUGGCUUCACCGCGGUCCAUGUUUGUGAGCCAAAUUAUAGGGACUGCAAUGGGUUGUGUUAUUUCACCUUGUGUCUUUUGGCUUUUCUACAAGGCCUUCCAUGAUCUCGGGAUCCCUGGUUCGCAAUAUCCUGCCCCUUACGCUCUUGUCUACCGAAACAUGUCAAUUUUGGGGGUUGAAGGAUUUUCAGCUUUGCCAAAGAACUGCCUCACUCUUUGCUAUGUGUUUUUUAUUGCCGCUGUAGUUAUCAAUGCAAUCAGAGAUGCAGUGGGUAAGGAGAGAGCAAAGUUUAUCCCUCUUCCCAUGGCAAUGGCGAUACCAUUCUAUCUUGGAGGAUAUUUUGCAAUUGAUAUGUGUGUCGGUAGUUUAAUACUGUUUAUUUGGACGAAGAUAAACAAGGCCGAGGCUAACGCAUUUGGACCUGCAGUGGCUUCAGGGUUGAUUUGUGGGGAUGGAAUAUGGACAUUGCCCAGUUCAAUACUGGCUUUGGCAGGUGUGAACCCACCCAUCUGCAUGCAAUUUCUGUCAAGGAAAGCUGCACAAGGUUGAAGAUUUGUUAAGUACUUCACUGGAUUCAGCAGCUCCAAGUCUCUGUUCAUACUUAUGUCAUCUUCUUAGUGUUUGUCUUCUGUCUUCUUUUUUUUCCUCCAUUUUUUGUUUCUCCAAAGUCAAUGUCUAUCAGUAGUCCCACAAUUAUCCCUGUAUUAUCACUGCUACAACUUGGUGCAAAGCACUUACUGUGAGACCAUACUUAUCAGCUUGUAGGUUACUUUGGAAUGCAAUGGAUGUGUCCCAUGAAUUUCAAUGUAUAUUAGUUUGAUCUCUUG